GGCUCCCAGGGGAUGCAAACGACACCGGGACGGAAGCUUGCCCGGCUACUCUUUGGAAGGUAGAGUGGCGCCCGCUGAUUAGACCACAGCUUAUCCUCGGCCUGCUCAGUUUGGUUCCACCCAAGCUCUCAACAAAUUCCGGGCAGAAGGAAAUAUACGCCGUACGGGCCAUCACGGGAACUUCCAUACCGCCGACAUUGACUGGAAAAGGAACAUCAACUCCUUCUUUUAUAAUCUUAUUCCACGCUUCAGUUGAGGUACCUGUUCUUCGGCGCCAAUUCUCCCACAAAUUCGACUCCAUACUUGUCGCAAUAGCACCAUGUCCUCCACGGACACAAAUCCCGCCCGAACCCCUCGGCUUGAGCAAGCCAUAACCAACCCAGGAUCUGUCAAGAUCAAUGUCAAGGGCGCCUUUAUCGUCGACGAUGACCCCCGCUCCAAGAGCCCUGUAAGGACUGAUGGCGUCCAUUACGAGGGUCAGGACAUUCGUUUACCUCACCACACCGGCGUUGUGAGCCAUGUUGCCGUCGAUAUUGGAGGCUCGCUGGCGAAAUUAGUCUACUUCACACGCGAACUGGACUCGCCAGACAAUGGCGGGCGGUUAAACUUUAUUAACUUCGAGACCGAUCGGAUACACCUUUGCCUGGAGUUCAUCAAACAACUCAAGGAAGAGCACCGGGGCCUCAAUGGGGGAUCUAAAGAGGAAUUAUGUGUCGUAGCUACUGGUGGCGGGGCCUACAAAUAUUACGACAAACUAAAGGAGACAUUAAACGUGAACAUCAUGCGAGAAGAUGAAAUGGAAUGUCUCAUUACGGGGCUUGAUUUUUUUAUCACCGAAAUACCGAACGAAAUAUUCACAUAUAGUGAGACCGAGCCGAUGCAAUUUGCCGAGGCCCGACCGGAUGUGUAUCCAUACCUCUUAGUAAACAUCGGCUCCGGAGUUUCUAUGAUCAAAGUGUCAGGGCCAAAGCAAUUCCAACGUGUUGGGGGAACUCACCUAGGCGGUGGAACGUUUUGGGGUAUCAUGUCGUUAUUAACAGGUGCCCGGACCUUUGACGACAUGUUAGCAAUGGCGGACCGAGGAGAUAACAGCGGGGUGGAUAUGCUAGUCGGUGACAUCUACGGCAUGGAUUACGGCAAGAUUGGUCUGAAGAGCACCGCUAUUGCAAGCACUUUUGGGAAAGUAUUCCGGCUGCAGAACGAGGCACAGCACAAGGAAAACGCAGAGGGAACAGAGAAUGGAACCGAGAAUGGAACCGAACAUGCCGACGACGAUUUGAUGUUUAAACAUGAGGAUAUGAGCCGAAGCCUACUAUAUGCUAUCAGUAACAACAUCGGACAAAUCGCCUACCUCCAGUCUGAGAAGCACCAAGUCAAGCAUAUCUACUUCGGUGGUUCUUUUAUUCGUGGACACCGUCAAACGAUGAACACGCUGUCAUAUGCUAUCCGUUUCUGGUCCAAAGGCGAGAAACAAGCGUACUUCCUCCGCCACGAGGGCUAUAUCGGCGCAGUUGGCGCAUUCCUUCGCCGGAAGCCAGUCAAUUGGGGCCGCAGAAACAGCAUUGACGAGCAUACGCCUGCUAAUGGAAUUUGAAUACGGACAUCUUUGAGGUGGAGGGGCACUCAUCAGUCACCUCUAAAUCACUUUUGAGCGUUUGAUACCCGUUGAUCAUGUUGACAUGCUAUGCAUCCUGGUCCCAAUCAUUAUUACGCUCGCCAGAUUUGAUUUUGUCUUCUUCUGCGGGCCAGAUUUCACAGAACAUUUCAGCGAGCGCCCUGUUUUUAUACAAAACCGUACUACUUACUCCUUAUGGAGAUAAUGUUUUCCUUUUCUUUUUUAAUUAGGUUUUUUGCCGUAUUUUUGGGUUUUUGUUUCGGCACCCUUCAUUUGGUAUCAUUGUACAUGGUCCUGCGAAAAGCCUUUGACUUUUUAUCUUUCAGCUUCAGGGAUAGACCAAUCAUACAAAUUCAUAGAGGUGUUU